GUUCUUUACUUUGGUGUGUUCUACACUGGGCGUACGGGCGUAGUGUUAAAUCUCCACAAUGUGGCUCUAGCAACGGCUAUUGUUUCCUUUUCUGUACAUUGUUAGGGUUGUGUAACGUAUUUUUCUUACAACAUACAGAAGGAAGACAGUUAAGUGCCUCCGGAAACCCAACAAGCUUGAAUUUCACACGAAAGGCUAGCUCAUAAGCUACUAGCUAACGCCUUACGUUAGCUAUGGAGGAGAGGAAAGAGGAGGGAGAAGCGGAGAUCCAAGAGCACGGCCCCGAGCACUGGUUCUCCAAAUGGGAACGGCAGUGCUUAGCAGAGGCCGAACAGAAUGAUCCAAAUGAGGAGGAGACGGAACAAAGUCAGCAAAAGCUGUGGCACCUGUUUCAGAACUCAGCCACCGCGGUAGCACAGCUCUACAAAGAUAGAGUAUGUCAGCAGCAAGGCCUCUCUCUCUGGGUGCCCUUCCAGAAUGCAGCCACAGCUGUUACUAACCUGUAUAAAGAGAGUAUGGAGGCCCGUCAGCGGAGCUAUGACCUGGGCAUUCACUUAGGCUAUCAGCGCAGAAAUAAAGAGGUGAUUGCAUGGGUGAAGAAACGCAGAAGAACUAUCAGGCGAGAGGACCUCAUCAGCUUCCUGUGUGGCAAAGUUCCACCUCCACGGACAGCUCGUGCCCCACCUAGGGUUGCCAUGGUGUCUGCAAGCCGACCAUCUCCCCCCGAGACAGGCAGUUCUGUGGAGACCGACCUGCAGCCCUUCAGAGAGGCAAUUGCACUGCACGGCCUUAGCGGUGCCAUGGCAAGCAUUUCUGUUCGCUCUGGUCCUCCUGGUUCCCCAACUCACCCCGCCCAGUCCCUCAGUCGUCGUAGGAAUGGUCUUCAUGACGUGGACCUCAACACCUUCAUCGCCGAGGAGAUGGCACUCCAUUUGGAUUCCACAGCCAAUCGUAAACGAGGCCCUGCCCCCUGUAGUGAUGUCAUCACAGACUCGCCAACUCAUAAACGUAACAGGAUGCUCUGAACUUUUCCUACACCACUAAUCCCUCCUCUGUCCUCUCCUCGGUGGCCGACUGGACAGGUGAUGAGGACUGAUGCCUUGGCCAACCAUUGAAAUCUUCCUCCUAUUCAUCUUAGUUGCAAUGCUACGAAUAAAGAAAAACUUAGUUAUUACCAGCCCACAUAGUUCUUAUUUUCUUUCACCCCCUCACACCUGUUGUCUCACACAACUCACACGACUCCUCUCCAUGUUAAAGUUUUGUUCUUCUUCAGAAAGAUUUUCUUUCCCGUUUAUGUUUGGGUGCCCUCAGUAGAAACUGAUAUGGGAACGAGCACGACACACUUGAAAUCCUUAAAUUGCAGAAUGUUGCGUUUAGACAUUGUGUAUUGGCCGGGCUCCUUUGUGCUUCACAUCUAAUAAGCAGAUGAACCAGGCUGUUGCCUACUGUUUGCUGUUCCCUCAUCCCUCAAACGUACUUCCUUCUCCUCUUCUGUGGAGUGCUGGCCAAACCAGACAGGACUGAAGCUUGGGCUCCUCGGGAGGCUGAACUGCCUCCCUGUUUUGUGGCUCCACUCAAAACGCUUGUCAGCGUGUGUAUCUCAUUCUGCUGCUGCUCUGUGUGUUUGCGUAUCUGACAGCAGAACUGCCACUUACUGUGUUGUACUUGUCUUUGCCUUUGAGAAAGCUGCUACAGUAUCUCUGGUUGUUGUGCAACAGUGAGUGCGUGUGUGUAUGAGUGCCUGUGUGUGUGCUUGUGGAUGCAGGGUUCUGGCAUAUCCAGCACCCACUUGACCCAAUUAUUUCCUGUUUUACUUAAAUUCAUUCUAUUUUGUCUUUAGUUGCUUUUUGCAGCCCGAACCAGGGUUUUAUCACAAAGCAGGUCAAUCCAUUUUACAUAGAUAAUGGUGACCCCUGUUACUGUCUUUGAGUAGUAGGAUGACAGGAGGUGGAAAAACAAGAUGUAUUUUCAGCAAAGGUUUCUUUGCUCAAGCACCACUGUCCUGAAUUGUAUUUUAAGUUUUUGUAUUAAGUGUACAAAAAUCCAAAUAUGCAUAGUUUCCCUAUCGCCAUCAAAAAUUUUGCAUAAAGAGCAGUAACAGUGUUUCAAAGGCUGCAUUUUAUCAACUUUAUGUUUUACAUUUGUCCCAUUGAUAAGAAUUUAAACUGGUGCAUCAUCAUCAUUUUGUCUCUUGAACUUCAGAAAGAGUUGAAACAUUUUCACACUUGUGAUUUAAGCUUUAAACUUGGAAAAUUUCAGGGGGCAGUUGCCUGUUAACUAGUGGGGGCCAAUGGCUGUGAUAUUUAAUUUUGUCUAGCCAAUUCACGGACUAUUGGGUGCGAUGGUUCAACAAGGCUUGGGGAAACUUGUUUUUUGCUAGUUUCACACACUGCUUUGUGAUACAAUCUUGUGUAAUGUGUGUAAAUAACAUGUAGGUGCUGUUAUAUGUGGUACAUAUUGUAAAAAGAAGUGCAAAUCCAUUGGGAUGUCCAUGUACAAUAACAAUUCUGACAUUAAAAGAAAAAAAAGCCUUUAA